CGAGCUUUUUCUCCGCUCGUCUCUCCUCCUCGGGCCCCGCGCCCGGUGCAUGGAGAAGCAGGGCAGGAUGGACUGCCCCGCGCUGCCCCCGGGCUGGAAGAAGGAAGAGGUGAUCCGCAAGUCGGGCCUCAGCGCCGGCAAGAGUGAUGUAUACUACUUCAGUCCAAGUGGUAAGAAGUUCAGAAGCAAGCCUCAGUUGGCAAGAUACCUGGGAAACACUGUUGAUCUCAGCAGUUUUGACUUCAGAACGGGAAAGAUGAUGCCCAGUAAAUUGCAGAAGAACAAACAGAGACUAAGGAAUGAUUCUCUCAAUCAAAAUAAGAUUGAGGCUUUCAACGGAUAUUGA